AUGGCACCCAAAGUUCUAGUCGUUCUCACCUCGGCAAACGAGAUUCCAAAGCUGCAAAGGCCUACGGGAUGGUAUUUGCCUGAAUUCGCCCACCCCCACGAAAUCCUCCAUGGAAAAGCAUCCUUGACCAUCGCCUCGCCCAAGGGCGGCGAAGCCCCGCUAGACCCGGCCUCAGUCGAGAUGUUCAAGUCCGACGCAACAUCUACCAAGUUCCUCGCGGAGCAAAAGGCGCUUUGGACCAACACCCACAAAUUAUCCGACAUCCUGCCUCGAGCAGACGAAUUCGACGCCCUCUUCUACGUCGGCGGUCAUGGACGUAAGCUCCCAACCAUUCCUUCCCUGAUCUACCAACCCCGCCCCAACCCAAAGAACAAAAGAAAGACUAGUCUGGCGCUAACCUACACGUCUUACCCAGCAAUGUUCGACCUAACAACAGACCCAGUCUCGCUAAGUCUAAUCGAAACCUUCGCCGCAGCCAAGAAACCCGUCGCAGCCGUCUGCCACGGGCCCUGCGUCUUCUUAAACGCUAAAUCUCCCUCCGGCGUGCCCCUGAUCUCCGGCGCAACCGUUACUGGUUUCUCCAAUGCCGAGGAGGACCAGGUCCAGCUGUCAGAUGCUAUGCCUUUCAUGCUGGAGACGGAGUUGCAGAAGAUUUCUGGUGGUGGGUAUGUCAAGGCUGAUGAGCCUUGGGGGGAGAAGGUGGUUGUUUCGAAGACGGCGGGUGUUGGGGGGCCUUUGAUUACGGGGCAGAAUCCGGCGAGUGCGACUGGUGUUGGACUGGCGAUUGCGAAGGCUUUGGGGCUUUAG